AUGACGUUCGUCAGUCUAUUCAUGGCAUUGCGCUUGUUUACGAAGAUUUUUAUCGGUCCUCCUUUCCACACAGAAGAUUGUAUGCCAAAUCCAUCUCCGAAUACAUAUAUAAAGAUGUCUCAUUCGCAAGUGGGCCAUUUCGGCGGAGGAUUUCAUGUUUCCGAUAUCUCAAAGGAACAAUUUAAAAGCUUCAAGAAGACUUCCCCCUUGGGUGUAUAUGCUAUUACCCUUGUGUACAGUCCCGCUUCUUACUUUACAAAGCUUGCGCUCCUUUGGAUCAUCAUUAGAGUCUUCCAGCUACACAAGAGGACAGUAUUCGGGACAUAUACGGUAAUUGUCUUUCUAACAGCCUAUACAAUUCCUAUUCUUUUCCUCAAGGGGUUUGUAUGCCGACCACUCGCCGGAUUUUGGGAUCCAACGGUCAAAACUUCUUGCUACAACCAGCGAGCCAUCUUUGUAGCUGAUACCGGUGUUAGUGCAGUCACCGAUAUGGCUGUGCUUUGCUUACCAAUACCCGUUGCCGCAACUCUUCGAAUGUCGUGGAAAAAACGUUUGAAGGUAAUCGCUAUGCUUAGCUCUGGUGGCGUUGCUACUGCAGCUAGCAUUAUACGACUAGUCCUGGUUAUCAAGUUGCAGAAUUCAAAUGAUGAAUCGGUGGACCUUAUACGAUUCAAUCUUCUCGGAACAGCAGAAGUGAGCAUAGGUCUUAUUUGCGCAUGUCUCCCGGCAAUUAACAUCCUCUUCCUUCGUGUUCUCGAACGCUCGCCUAACUCAAGUCGCAAUACUGUUGGCAGUAGCAGAAUAAUCGAACUGAAGUUCCUCAGAGGGAGCAGGCUCAGAACUCAGCAUGUCACCACUGAGGAAGUCGUGCCUGAAACCAAUCCUGGCAAUUUGCCGGGGAAUGCGCCUCAGCCUUAA